AUGUCAAAAGUAAAUAUUAAAAAAACACUCCAAGAAUUAGAGGAAAUAAUUGACUUUUAUAAAGGUAAGGUGGAUGCCGGAACUACUUAUGAUGGAACCGAGAAAGCCGAUUACGAAACUAGAAUUAAUAAUUAUAAAAAUAACGGGGAUGAUAAAGAAAUAAGUAAGACCGAAGCAGAAAAAUACGAUGAUAUUGGAACUUUUUUCCAAGGUCAGAUAAAUACUUUAAGAACUCAAUUAGCCACGGCUGAAAUUGCCAAGCAAACUGCCGAGGAAAGUCUGAAAAAGAAAACUGAGGAAGUGGGCGAUAAAUUAACUACGGCUUUGCUAGCCGCCUUAGAAGCUAGUCCGAACAAGAUUGAUGAAGUAAAAACCGUGAUUGACGAACUAAAAACCAAAGGAGUUAAUUAUGUAGUCGACUUAACUGCGGUAACUAAUAAAAUUGAUGAACUAAAAAAGGAAGUUAAACCCGAAAAUAAUAAUUUGGUAGUUUCUGAUAUAGUAGAGAAGAAAUUUAAAGAAGGUAGGAGAAUGGGACAGACUAAAUAUAUCUUGAAAAUGGAAAAUGAGAUAUUCGAAUGUUGGAAAGAGAAUUUAGACCCUAAAAAAAAUGAUGACCCUAAAAAAGAUGAAGCAAGCAAUAAUUCCGACAAUAGUUUACAAAGUAAACUAAAUGAAAAAAAAUCAGAUGACCCCACCCAAGCACUAGGCUAA